ACCCGUCGCCAGUGAGUGUUGUGUCUCAGUCUGCUCCACCGUCUGGUCCGGCUAACAUUAGCUGACUGACCUGCUUGGCGCAGAGGCAGCAGGACAGAUUUCAUGGAUAACAAUGUUUUAUUCUUAGUCCCGAAAACGUGAAAAAGCCCGAAACGCCGGAUAGUUAGCAGAAAGCCUUAACUGGACCGGGAACUGUCAAUGCAACGAAAGAGGAUCCAUGGCAAAGUGGCUGAAGGACUACCUAAACUUUGGCUCCAGGCGUGACCCUCCGCAGGUCCCGAGGCCAGAUUACAGUGAGAGUGAAAUUUUGAGGGCCUACAGAGCUCAGAAGGAGCUAGAUUUUGAGGACCCGUAUCAACACUCUGAUAAGGAGCACCAGAAUGGUGGUUUCAGCCCCUGUAAUGCCACAGUGAGCCUUCCCUCUUUCCCUGCAUUCGGUUCGGUGCUGUCUAACGGUGUGGCGGUGAAAGUGGUGUCUCCCAAGCACAGACUUAUUAAAGUGGACUCUCAGGAGUUUGGCUGCAGUAAAGUCCCCCUCAGUCCUGUGACUGUACAGGAGGAUCCUGUGGUUCCCUCCGCUCCAGCAGCAUCGGACGCUGACACAGACUACUCUGAUCCAUUUGAUAUCCGUCCAGACCCACAAGGCAGACCAAACUGGGAGCCAAAAUCUGCACCAACAGACUGCUGCAGUUAUAUGGAGCCAUUUGAGGCUCAGAGGAUUAUCUCAGAGCUGCAGCACAGCAUGAUGACCAACCGAUCUGGGAGUGGAGAUGGGGGCCAAAUAUACGAUAAUCCGUACGAGGAGAGGACUCGCCACCACCACCGAGCUGCUCCAGCCGCACAGCAACUGACUCAGCGUGUUGAGGGAGGACUCCCCCCGAUAGACAGCAGGGAGAGCAGGCUCCCUCAGGAUGAUGAGAGGCCGGCGGAUGAGUACGACCAGCCCUGGGAGUGGAAGAAGGACCACAUCUCUAAAGCUCUAGCAGUUCAGUUUGAAGGGGCAGAAAGGGAGCGCUCCCGGGUUCAGACAGAGCAAACCAGGCUCACCAAGCCGGGCACUACUUCUACAGCGGCUGAGUCCACUACACUGCGUCUGGUUGGUGACACUCCUCUCCUGGGAGAGAGAGUGGACCCAUAUAUGCCGCUGGAGAGACAAGUGUGGUACCAUGGGGCCCUGAGCCGCUCGGAGGCAGAGAGUCUACUGACUCUGUGCAAGGAGAGCUCGUACCUGGUGAGGAACAGCCAGACCGGCAGGAACGACUACUCGCUCUCGCUCAGGAGCUUUAAGGGCUUCAUGCACAUGAAGUUCACUCGGUCUGCAGAUGGACGCUAUGUGCUCGGGGAGAACAGCCCUCCCUUCUCCACCAUCCCCGAGGUCAUCCACUACUACACUACACACAAGCUGCCAAUCAGAGGAGCUGAACACAUGUCCCUACUGUAUCCCGUCAUAGUGCAGACCCUCUGACACUGACACACUCUUUCUCCUGGUGCUACUGAAUACAAUGUAUACUCAAUAUUUACCUAUUACCUUCCUGUUUUCCUACAUGCCUUUUCAUCGCCAUUCUACCUGCACUGCCUGCAAGAGAUUGGAUUGUUUGGUGCCAUCUUCUCCGUUUACUAUAACACAAGUAACUACACUGGCAGCUCAAUAACAUGUCUCAGUGCCUCAUGUAUAAUCACCUGUGAACUGGUAUUGUCACUGAAAUCCCCUUAUUUUAAUACUAUGGACUUCAAAGCAACAAUCAUUCAUAUAAAAAUUGAUGGCUAAUUACUUUUAGGUAAAAAAAAUUACAAAAAAAUGUGUCCUGAGAGAGUAGGAUCUAAGCUACAUUGCAUGAAGAGUGGUCUCUUUUACUGUAAAGCAAAGAGAGACUGUACCACCAGGUCACUUAAUAAAACAGGUGUUUUCUCCUGGUGUAGGUAAAGAAUCGGGUGUAGGGUGUCGGGAUCUAAACUAGAUUUCGACAGUGUACAAUGCUGUUUAAAAGUGCUCUGACUGCAAAAACCCGUAUCAUACGUUUAAGUCUUACUUACAGUAUCGACCCCUUUAUUCCUGGCCUGUGAUUUCUUAUAUAGUAGCUGCUCCCCUGCAGUGUUCCCUCGAGUUCAUGUUUCCAGUGUACAACACAAAGUGACAGCAUAACGUCCCAAAGACAUGACUGGUUAACUUCACUCUCUUUGCAAUACUACUUUAGAGAUCAAUAGCAGUAUUAUACUGAAAGCUUAUUGCUUUGUGAUUAUGACUAUUAAAAGAGCUUUUGGUAGAUUAUUUACUGUGCUGUUUUAUAAGAUUUCAAACGUGUGUUGAAAAUAAAAGUGUUGUCAGUUUUUAAAUAGA